AUGGCAGGAAUGACGAAGAAAACUGGGCCGGACGAGGAUGCGGAAUUAAUGAAUCGAUAUAAGCUAUGGUUGCUGAAGGCGAAAAGUGAUGAUCAGUUAGCUGGCUCACCAAAUUCCAAUGAAUUGAAACAUCUGGAAGAGCUUUUCGAGGUGCUGAACGAAAGAUUACUGAUUCCACGAUGGAUAACAACAGAAAGAUGCUUGCAGCAUUAUAUUAAUCGUGGUGAUAUAUGUAUCGUGCCGGCUUUCAGAGGCGAAGUGUACAAAUAUUUGCUUUCUCGACAGUGCAGGUAA